AUAGCACGGACCUUGCAAGGUGGACGAAUAAAUUAUAUAAGCAUUUGAGAAGCACAAAAUAAAAUCACACCAAAUUAUGGACAUUCUUUCCUUAUUGUCCUACUCUCCCUUUUAUCUUGUUCUAUUUUUCACUUUCAACCUUCUCUUCAAAUCAAGAAAAUUCAAUAACCUCCCACCAGGUCCACUUUCUCUUCCAAUAAUUGGCAACCUCCACCACCUAAAACGUCCCCUCCACCACACCUUCAAAGGGUUGUCCAAAAAAUAUGGUGAUGUCAUUUCUCUUUGGUUCGGUUCACGUCUCGUAGUUGUUGUCUCUUCACCAUCUAUAGUGGAAGAAUGUUUCACAAAAAACGACGUUGUCCUAGCUAAUAGACCCCGUUUUCUUUCGGGAAAAUACAUUUUCUACAAUUAUACCACCUUAGGAUCUACAUCCUAUGGUGAACAUUGGCGCAACCUCCGUCGCAUCACAGCCACCGAUGUCCUUUCAAACCAUCGUAUCAAUAGUUUCACCGGAGUUCGAAGAGAUGAGACUCAUAGGCUUAUAAAAAAGUUAGCCGAUGAAUCGUCUAGAGAUUUUGUUGAAGUAGAACUACGCUCUAGGUUCUAUGAUAUGACUUUCAACAACAUUAUGAGAAUGAUUUCGGGUAAGAGAUACUAUGGAGAUGAUUGUGACAUGACGGAUGCAGAAGAAGCAAAAGAAUUUCGAGCAAUGGUGACAGAUUUGUUGAAGUUGUCCGGGGCUAACAAUAAGAAUGACUUCUUGCCAAUACUAAGGGUUAUUGACUUUGAAAAUUUGGAGAAGAGGCUAAAGAAGAUUAGUAACAAAAACGAUACGUUUUUGAGAGGACUCAUUCAAGAACAUCGCAACAAAAAACAACAUACAAAUACUAUGAUAGAUCAUCUUCUAAGUUUACAAGAAUCACAACCUGAGUACUAUACUGAUCAAAUCAUCAAAGGCCUUGCCCAGGGUAUGCUUAUUGCGGGAACAGAUUCAUCGGCUGUAACUUUAGAGUGGGCAUUAUCUUGUGUAUUAACCUAUCCAGAGGUGCUUGAGACGGCAAGGUAUGAAUUAGAAACUCAUGUAGGCCACGACCGUUUGUUGGAUGAAUCCGAUCUUCCAAAACUCCCUUACCUUAAAAAUAUUAUUUACGAGACACUUCGGUUGUACACUCCUGCUCCAUUGUCAUUGCCGCACUCUUCCUCCAAUAAGUGUAUUAUCGGAGGAUUUAAAGUUCCACGCGACACUAUAUUGUUGAUCAAUGCUUGGGCUAUUCAUAGAGAUCCCGAAAGAUGGAGUGAAGCUACGAGUUUCAAGCCUGAGAGGUUUGAGAAAGAAGGAGAGUUAGAGAAGUUAAUUGCAUUCGGGUUAGGAAGAAGGUCUUGUCCAGGUGGAGCAUUGGCUAUGCGCGCAAUAGGCUUAACUUUGGGUUUGUUGAUUCAAUGCUUUGAAUGGAAAAAAGUGGAUGACAAAGAGAUUGAUAUGAGUGAGGAAACUGGAUUCACAUUGUCAAGAUCAGUCCCAUUAAAGGCUAUGUGUAAAGCCCGUCCAAUCAUAAAAAAACUUGUGGAAUAAUUGAAUAGUAGAUGUAUAAAUAAAAUAAAAUAUGUAAUUUUCAUUAAUAUCAAAUAAUAAAAAGG